GAUUUAGUCAGAACAUUGUAAGCAGCCAUACAGAACGCGAAUAUUGAAGAGAGACUUAACAAACAACACUAAACAGCGAGAAUCAUGCAAAUCUUCGUCAAGACACUGACUGGUAAGACCAUCACCCUAGAGGUUGAGGCAUCUGAUACCAUCGAGAAUGUCAAAGCCAAGAUCCAAGACAAAGAAGGAAUUCCCCCAGACCAGCAGAGGUUGAUCUUUGCCGGAAAGCAGCUCGAAGAUGGCCGAACCUUGAGUGACUACAAUAUCCAGAAGGAAUCCACUCUCCAUCUUGUCCUUCGUCUCCGUGGAGGUAUGCAGAUCUUUGUUAAGACCCUCACUGGUAAGACCAUCACCUUGGAGGUUGAGGCAUCAGAUACCAUUGAAAAUGUCAAAGCCAAGAUCCAAGACAAAGAAGGAAUUCCCCCAGACCAGCAGAGGUUGAUCUUUGCCGGAAAGCAGCUCGAAGAUGGCCGAACCUUGAGUGACUACAAUAUCCAGAAGGAAUCCACACUCCAUCUUGUCCUUCGUCUCCGUGGAGGUAUGCAGAUCUUUGUCAAGACCCUCACUGGUAAGACCAUCACCUUGGAGGUUGAGGCAUCUGAUACCAUUGAAAAUGUCAAAGCCAAGAUCCAAGACAAAGAAGGAAUUCCCCCAGACCAGCAGAGGUUGAUCUUUGCCGGAAAGCAGCUCGAAGAUGGCCGAACCUUGAGUGACUACAAUAUCCAGAAGGAAUCCACACUCCAUCUUGUCCUUCGUCUCCGUGGAGGUAUGCAGAUCUUUGUCAAGACCCUCACUGGUAAGACCAUCACCUUGGAGGUAGAGGCAUCUGAUACCAUUGAAAAUGUCAAAGCCAAGAUCCAAGACAAAGAAGGAAUUCCCCCAGACCAGCAGAGGUUGAUCUUUGCCGGAAAGCAGCUUGAAGAUGGCCGAACCUUGAGCGACUACAAUAUCCAGAAGGAAUCCACACUCCAUCUUGUCCUUCGUCUCCGUGGAGGUAUGCAGAUCUUUGUCAAGACCCUCACUGGUAAGACCAUCACCUUGGAGGUUGAGGCAUCUGAUACCAUCGAGAAUGUCAAAGCCAAGAUCCAAGACAAAGAAGGAAUUCCCCCAGACCAACAGAGGUUGAUCUUUGCCGGAAAGCAGCUUGAAGAUGGCCGAACCUUGAGUGACUACAAUAUCCAGAAGGAAUCCACACUCCAUCUUGUCCUUCGUCUCCGUGGAGGUAUGCAGAUCUUUGUUAAGACCCUCACUGGUAAGACCAUCACCUUGGAGGUUGAGGCAUCUGAUACCAUUGAAAAUGUCAAAGCCAAGAUCCAAGACAAAGAAGGAAUUCCCCCAGACCAGCAGAGGUUGAUCUUUGCUGGAAAGCAGCUCGAAGAUGGCCGAACCUUGAGUGACUACAAUAUCCAGAAGGAAUCCACUCUCCAUCUUGUCCUUCGUCUCCGUGGAGGUAUGCAAAUCUUUGUCAAGACCCUCACUGGUAAGACCAUCACCUUGGAGGUAGAGGCAUCAGAUACCAUCGAGAAUGUCAAAGCCAAGAUCCAAGACAAAGAAGGAAUUCCCCCAGACCAGCAGAGGUUGAUCUUUGCCGGAAAGCAGCUUGAAGAUGGCCGAACCUUGAGUGACUACAAUAUCCAGAAGGAAUCCACACUCCAUCUUGUCCUCCGUCUCCGUGGAGGUAUGCAGAUCUUUGUCAAGACCCUCACUGGUAAGACCAUCACCUUGGAGGUAGAGGCAUCUGAUACCAUUGAAAAUGUCAAAGCCAAGAUCCAAGACAAAGAAGGAAUUCCCCCAGACCAGCAGAGGUUGAUCUUUGCCGGGAAGCAGCUCGAAGAUGGCCGAACCUUGAGUGACUACAACAUCCAGAAGGAAUCCACUCUCCAUCUUGUCCUUCGUCUCCGUGGAGGUAUGCAGAUCUUUGUUAAGACCCUCACUGGUAAGACCAUCACCUUGGAGGUUGAGGCAUCAGAUACCAUCGAGAAUGUCAAAGCCAAGAUCCAAGACAAAGAAGGAAUUCCCCCAGACCAGCAGAGGUUGAUCUUUGCCGGAAAGCAGCUUGAAGAUGGCCGAACCUUGAGUGACUACAACAUUCAGAAGGAAUCCACUCUCCAUCUUGUCCUUCGUCUCCGAGGUGGUUGCUAAAGACAACAUCAUCAAGAAACAUGUUAUCGAAAUCGAAGAUAUAUCGAUUUUCAAAGCUUUUAAAGUCUGAGGCUAUCUUUCAAAUUCUGUUAUCAACCAUGCCAAUGCCUGUCCAAGCUACCAUGUAAUGCACAGACUUUCCAGCGUCUCAAAAUUGAUGCCAAUUUACAUUGAAUCUUGAAUCUCGGAAUGCAAAAUCAGGUGUUUCGGUUGUGUUUGAUACAGUGAUAAGUUCAAUGUACUCUGACACAGGAGAGACCCCUUUCGGCGAUUUAUUGAACCUUUGUACGACCUACCUGGCUUCUGCCUCUUGUCUCCCUUAACACAUCAAUUUUAUUUUAAAUCUUCAUCUAUCCUGCAAUAUUUCCAUCUGCAAGUAAUUUAUUGAACUAAGAACUUCAAAGAAUGUGGCACAUUGAGACACAAAUUCUGCUUUUAUUUCAAGUUCUCGGGCCUUUUGAUUACAUGGUUUUUACCCCUUUAAAUAUUAGAGGGUGCCACGUGAAAAAAAUCGUUCAUUUUCUGCACCUAAAAAUGUUCAAUUUUUCCCCAGAAUGCUAAAAGUUUUGAGGUUUCAAUUUUUUCAGGGCUGAACUUCAUACUAUGUCAAUUUCUGUCUUGAGACAUAUUGCAAAUUCUGGGCACUGAAAUUCCAAAUAACUAACAACUUGCUGUGACAAAAUUUCCCCUAGUUGGGCUGAUGGUGAAAACAAACAGGGCCCCAAUUUCAGGGCCCACCAGAAGUAACGGUGUACAUGUAAUUGAAAUGCCUGGUCCUGCCUUGAUAAUGCAACAUCCAAACAAACCUGUCCACCGCUUUGGUAAAAAAAUAGUAAAAUGAUAAAAAAGCAUUGGGUUUGGAAUAAUAUCUGUGUUUUAUUGGCCAUUUUUUUCACCACACCUUUGAAUUUUAUGUUAAAAAGUUCAGUCUUGGCACAAAGCAGAUGUUACAGAAAGCUCCGUGUUUGAUUUUGUCACCUGCACUAUUAUUGUAAAUUCUGAAAGAAAAAUGAGGUCACUUGGGCCUUUCAGACUUCUUGAUAUCCGGCAAGUUAUUCUUGCUAGAUUGUAGCUUGUGAUGUAUGACAUUACAAUGCUGAAUCUCUGUUACAACUUGAAAAAAUAUUUUAUUGCGUUAAUAAAUUCCACUCGAUGUAA